CUAGACUUGUUCAAUUUCAUGAAAAUGACAGAUUGAUGAUCGCACGGCCCUUUCUCAUCGUUCCCCAUUACAAACACAGUCGGCAUGAAGCGCGGUUCAAACCCCCUCAACUACCUUCUGAAGACAUAGGCAAAUCAUAAGCCCAAUGCAUCCCAAAUUGCCCCACAUUGCUGUGUCGAUGAAAACAGUCCUACGUUAUGCAUAUACGAUGCAUCUCUUCACCAGGUCUGACUUGAAGACUAUCUUCUUCCCCAUCGUCUUAUUCGCAUUCGCGUCAGUGCCGAACACCACACCUGCACGCCUCAUGCACGCCUCAUUUUGGGUGUGGUUGCACCUGCUUCAGUUCUGCGUAUCCAACCAGAGUCUUUCUCCUGACGAAGAUCGCCUGAAUAAGCCUUGGCGACCUAUACCAUCUGGGCGUUUUUCCGUAUCCCAAACUAAAAUGCUUCGUUGGCUACUUCUCCCUGCCUGCCUUACUCUCUCCAUGAUACAUGACAUCUCUUCUAUCGGCACGAUAUUUGCAAUUGGUGUAAUUUUACACAAUGAAUGUCUCCUAGACUCGCACUGGUUCACCCGCAAUGCUCUCAAUGCCUUAGGCUACGCUGUUUUUGACGCUGGCGCGACAUGUAUUGCUUGCUCAGACGAUUCCGGUGCAUUCUCACCGCGAGUCGUUUCAGCGCAAUACAUGAGUGUUCUAAUCGUUCUGACGACUAUCCACGCGCAAGAUUUUCGCGACGAGGCAGGGGACAGGUUGCAGAAGCGCCACACCAUACCUAUCGUGAUGCCACAUAUUGGCCGGGUCUCGAUGCCACUUUUUCUGGUAGCAUGGUCAUUUGUGCUGUGCGCUGUGUGCCGACUCUCUUGGUGCCAAUUUGCGGUUCUGUUGGCACUUGCUAUAUUGACAGGAGGGCGGUUCUAUCUCAUUCGCACUGCAAAGGCGGACCGGUUAUCAUACACUAUCUAUAACAUCUGGCUGGCGCUUGCUCGAAUCGCACCGCUAUACGGGUCACCGAUAUUCAGUUGACAAUUCGAUCGAUGGACGUCCCUAGGAUUAUGAGCAGCAGCCAAGCUGGUCUGCAUGAAUGAUACAAGAUGGACUGAAUUGUGCACCGGCUCUUUCUCUUCAGUUUAUGUUUUGUCAGCGGUUUCCUGGAGUAUCUCAUGUGCGACAAAUCAUUAAAAUGGGGUAGAAUAUGCGUGUGAAGACCCAGUGGUAAC